AUGGGGACCAGCACCGUGGAGCAGGCAGCCUACAAAACCAAGGUGGAAAGCAGCUAUACUUCUGAAUGGAAGUGGCUUGCAGACAGAGCUAGAAUUGGCAGCCGUUGGACAUGGCUUCAGGCCCAGAUUUCAGAACUAGAAUACAAAAUCCAACAACUAACUGACCUUCACAGGCAGAUACGUGCCACCAAGGGGAUGGUGACCGUAGAAGAAUUCCCAUUUCCAAAAGACAUUUUGAAGAAGCAAAUGCAAUUGACAGACCAAGAAGCUUUAUUAAACGCCACAGGGGACUCACAAGCUGCCCUUGAGAGACAGGAUGACUUUGAAAUGUCACCCAGCAGCCCUACCCUGCUUUUACGAAACAUAGAGAAACAGAGUGCACAACUGAGUGAAAUCAUCAGCAACCUAAUUGCUCCACUCAACCUGGCUCCAGCUUCCUCACCUCUUUCAUCCAAGACCUGUCGGCACAGACAGCUGGUCAAUGGCAUCUCCUUCAGAGCUCCAGACAGCACAGAGGUGUCCUCUUCCAGCAGCUGGCUGCUUGAUCAUCAGCACAUCAAGAAAAGAAGAAGGGACAGGACAAGGCUAAGAUCCCUCUCAGUGACUAAUGUGAGCACAUCUGCCCGAACCAGGCCACUUCAUAGCUUCCAGAAGAGGAAACUCUACAGAAUGCACAGUGCCUGUUACUGGAAGCAGCAGACUUCUCCAUCUAGAGAUGCCUCCUUUGCACACAAAGCUGGGACACGCUGGGUGCUGCCAGCCUCCACCUGGAGCAGCAGUGAGCACAGCACACAGCCCAAGCUGCUGGAUUAUGUGCAAGAGCUGGACUCUGCCUUUCAUCCAGUCUUAUCAUUCCCUUCAGAUAUUCCUCUUCAUGUGUACUUUGAAACAUUAUUAAGGAAGGAUGACAUCAAAGGAGAACCUCUUGAUACCUCAUCUUUGGGAGUGGGAUUUAAAGUAUCUCCUGACAACGACUACAACCAACACCAUGUUUCUGCCAAGCAAUGGAGCAGUGGCUGUUUAUCUACUUCCAAACCUGGAACAUCUGGCCAGCUGUCAGAAGGAAGAAAGAAAAGACACCUGAGUGAGACAGCAGUAGGGGAGCGGAGCGGCAGGUUUGAGGCAUUCUCCUUCCAGCACGCGGAACCAGAGCCCCACGGCGCCAGCGCCACGGCUCGGCACGCUCACACCACAGCCUCACAGCAUAACUCCAGGAGGAGGUUGAGAAGUGAGAGCUCCUAUGACAUAGACAACAUUGUCAUUCCCAUGUCGCUGGUGGCACCAUCGAAGCUGGAGAAACUACAGUACAAAGAAAUCCUUACCCCAAGCUGGAGAGUCAUUGAAUUUCAACCUUUAGAAACAUCUCCUGCUGAUGAAGAAGAGGUGGAAGAUCUGUCAGAUGAAGCUUUCUCCCUACGCCACACCAAGUACGAAGAAAGAGAGCGAGCAAGGUGGUCGCUGUGGGAGCAGAGCCGCUGGCCCAGGAGGAACAGCAGAUCUUGCAGCAAGAACGCUGACGGCCGACACAGCCAAGAAGCGGUGCAGAAGGACCAGCAGAGCAGCUCCACUGCUGAGCUUCCUCCUCACUCAACCUCAGAAGCCCACAGCUCUGUUUGUUCAGGGAUUGCACAACUCUGCAGGGAGAGCCAGGAAGCGAAGUCUGGACUGUGGGAACUUCGAGUUUUCCCACUGAAAGACGAAGAGGUGGAAGCUCUGCUGUGCCAAGAUCAAGCAGGGACUCAGACUGAAGCAUCAAGUGCAGCUCUGCCCAGGGACUCUCUCUGCGCUUCGCCUCCCGCCGCCAUUGCCUCGCCAGAUGGUGGCCACCCGCCCCACAACCAACCCCCUGAGGAGCUGGGAGACAGAGAGAACCUCUGCCUGGGCAUCAGCAGCACAAGAAAACAAAGGUGA